AUGACCAAACCCAGACUAUCGAGUGCAUCGUCUGAUUCUUCGUCCUCAUCGCCCUCAUCGUCGCCCUCGAGAGCUAAAGAGCUCCCAGGAAAGCUGGUUAAAAAGGUCAAGCGUCAGUUCCACCGUCUCGACGACAUGAUCCACCACGUGACGCUCCCUAAACAUCGUGCAAGGACCAUUUCAAGCUCCAGCACGUCUUCGAAACGUUCAGUUUCCGCCACAUUCCCUGCUCUCAACAUCCUCCGCACAGUCCUUCCCCCUCUUUCAUCUCGCCCACGUAGGCAAUCUGGACUCAACGACGACGACGCCUGGGCUCAUCGUGACAAGUACGCUCAUUCAGAACCAGACCUUGACAGUAUCGAUAGAGCCAGCACCGUCUCCAGCAGCUUCCAGGCCCCGGAACAAUCAUCUACAGUAGAAUUUCCCAUGGACGCCCAGCCCCCUUUUGAGAGCGCUGAUACCUCCGAUUUACCCACGCCUCUCCAAACUACCCCUCCUACUUCUGAACCCAUGCUUGCUAGCCCACCUCCUAUUGUCUUGGUCGAGCCAGAUGCCCCUGAUCCGUUUUUGAUCGACGAUGAAGGAGAUGCGUUGUCCGGAGGAGAAGGGGAAGAGGAAGAGGCAUCGUCCGCUGAUGUUUCGGGCACCGUCUCACCACACGAUGUCUCCCUCUCCGUUCCCGCUUCACCUUCCCCUAGCAGCAUUUCGCAGCCCAACCUCCUUCUUUCGCCCAACAUCAACAAGGACGUACCCCCACCCCCUUCGGACAGCGAAGAGGAGGAAGAGGAAGUCCCCGAUGUACACCUCCCUGGCCUCAUCAUACCUACUAUGUUCCUGCCCAUACCAAACACGGACCCGUUGACUACGCUCCUCACCAAAUAUAUUUAUCAACCUGAGAAGCGCCCCGUUCGAGAUCUCACCGGCGAAUGGCAGCAAAGCGAUUUUCAUACACUGGUCAUGACGAACAGCUGGCGAGCGCUGGCGAGAAUGGCUCGAGACCGAAUCGUAACAUCCGAUCCCUCAGACUUGACACUCAUUCUCGGCCUCUGGCAUAUCCGCCUCUCGUGCCUAGCCAGACUACGCCUGUUCAACCAAACCUCCGCAGAAUGCACCAACCUCUUCACCGUCCUCAAUGCCAUCGAACCCUUGGAAUCGCGUGCCUACGUCAUGGAACGCAUCUUACCCUUCGAACUGGAAGUUAUGCAGACCCGAUUGAAAUAUUGGGCAGGGGACCAUAUGGGUUAUUUGGACGCGUUGAAUGGGUUAUUGAAGAAAUGUAGGAUCAAGUCUAGACAAUCUAAUUCGGACCCCAACGUCAUGCCGAUGUGGAAGGAACGCGGUGCGAGGCUUUGUUUGAUCAUUGCGUCGGAGAUGGUCGAGAUAAAGGAAUUCACCGCCGCCGCUCGACUACUCGAACCCCUCUGCGACCAAGGAGACGGCACCACCAGUCCGGCGCUCCGUUCGUCCGUGGCGCGGAUAUAUUUGCAAGGCGGCAACGUCGGUAUGGCCUCAAAGCACUUCAAGCAGGUCGCCGAGGAUCCUACGGCAGAAGAGACGCUGAAGCAGAUGAAUGCUGCUCUGUUGGCGUGUGCGGUGGGAGAUUGGGAGGAGGCGAGUGCGACUUUGAAGGCGAUUUUGGAGAGGGAUGCAGAGAAUUAUGCGGCGGUUAAUAAUUUAUCGGUUGCGUUGCUUAACCAGGGAAACGUCAAAGAGGGCAUCGAAGUACUGGAAAGGGCGCUCAAAGCAUCACCUUCAAGCGUGGUUGUCGCUGAGCCGUUCUUGUUCAACCUUUCAACUCUCUAUGAACUGCGAUCCAUGAUGGGUUUUGAGAAGAAGCGAGAGCUGUUGAUAGAAGUUGCCAAGUGGACUGGAGAUGGGUUGAGGGUUUCCUGCUUGAAAAUGCCAUCCAACUGA